AUGGAUCUGCUGAGAAUUAGUGUAUAUAUAUAUGUGUGUGUAUGUGUGUAUACGUAUUUGUGUGUGUAUGUAUAUGUGCACGCGCACGUGCAAAAUAGAACGGAUUUCUCUUAGACGUAAAAUUAUAAUUUAAUUUAAUUAUAAUUAUUGAACGAUGAAACAGCCAAAGAUCGGUUAUAGAAAAAAAGAAACAAAUUAAUUACACAUUACGACACGUGUGAUAUGUCACAACUUAAAUGUCACCACAAUGUAAUAUAAUUUUAAAUACUUAACAAUUUUCAAUAAUAUCGAAAUGUAAUAACAAUUGUACAAACUUUAUGAGCAUUCCAUUAGUAAUAAAUUGUGUUACAAAUUAUAUCGUAAAAAAAAUUCUACGAACAUCGAAAAUUGUAAUAUAUUAGGUUGGGGAAAAAGAAAUCCAUUAUUUUCUUUUUUUUUUGUUUUUUUUUUUUGUUUGACCCAAAUCGGACAAUCCGAAACAUGUUAAAUAAAGUCUUAAAGGUCACGCAAAAAUAAUGGAUUUCUUUUUCCCCUAAUAUAUAUAUUUCCUUGUAAUAUAUUAUAUAAAAGUAAUUCGAAAAUGAAAAGCUUUUUUAUAAAAAUGAUUAAUUCAUUCUCGUCGAACAAAUUUAAUGUCUAGUUACAUAAACGGUAUACUUAUUAGGAUGUUAAGUUGCAUAACAAAUUACUACAAAGCCUACGCACGAGAUAUGUCACUAUUACACGUACAUAAAUUAAAAGGUAAUGAAAAGAGAAAGAUAUUGGUAUUAUGAAAAAGGAGAGAAGAUUAUAAAAGAAGUCGAUGACCGUGCAUUACGUGUAUAUUGAUAUUACGUUAUGUAGAAAGCACCUUUCCUCGAUAAGGAGAAUUAAAAAAAAAAAAAUGGUUUCAUGAGCAACCGAAUUCCGAUUGGCCGGGAAUCAGCGUGGGAUCUCUUGAUCGCGCCCUUAUAGAUCGGUUCACUCGAUCUUCUUGGCAAUCGUAUCUGGACUGGUGAUACUGAAUGAAAGGCAGCUUUCUCAGCACCUUUCCUUUUCGCUCGAUCAUGCGAAUUUACUUUCUGAUUGGUGUCAUUGCUCUCGCGACUGCAUUGGAGAAUGCUGUUUCACAACGCCAGAUUAAUGGAGAUCAUCUUGACCAGGAAGAAGGUGUAAUCGAUAAAAUAUUUAACAUUCCAAUUACGGCGGUUAAACAAACUGCAAUAGCGGCGCAAUCGUUCACACCGGAAAAUAAAGAAACGAUCGACAACAUUUUUCAGAUUCCAAUUUCAACGUUGGAGGCCGUUGGAAGACUCGUAAAAACAACUUCGUCACAGAGAUUAGAAAACGCUGAUGAAAUUCAAAAGAGACGUCAGGAGAGACGCGAUAGGAUACAGGCUCAACGAGAGGAACAAAGAUUAAGAAGAGAACAAAUACAAAACGAACGAUUGCAAAAGAAAGCAUCGAGAUAUCCGAGACAUCAUCAAAAUGAUCCUUUUGGAUUAAAUUCAUUGACGAAGCUUUUUAUUGGCCAUCAUGGUACCAUUUACAGACCACAACAAAUACAUUCUUUUCUUGGAAAUUAUCACUGUUGUCUGAAUGAUGGUCAUGGCGGUAAUCAUGGAACUCAUGGAAGCCAUGGAGGUGUACAUGAAAUUCUUGGUGGUGGCGGACAUGGUUCUAACAUAUAUCAGGUACAUGAGAAUAUCGACGAAGGUAAUGGAUCGGUCGGAACUUUUUUCGGGCAUUUUUCGUUGAAUCCAUCGAAAGAUAAAAUUCAGAACAAGAUAGCACCGUCGAUCAAUGACGAACAAAAUAAUCCAAUAUUUGACAAUAUUUCGAAAAGGAGAAAGGACAGAUCUAGAUAUCGAUACGACGAGCAGCCACCGUUAGAGAAUAAAAUAGCUCCACGAAAUACCAAGAUUACGUUUGUUUGAACCUACUUUAAUUUAAUUUCUUUUAGAAUUUUUUUUACAAUUUUAUAUAUAUAUAUAUAUAUAUAUGUAUAUUUUUUUUUAUUAUUAACAUUAACUUUUACAACGAACGAUUUUUAAGAUUAUAAAUUGCGUCAAACGUAAUUAGUCAUUUUAUAAAUUCUCAUUUUAUAGAUUAUUGAUCAAUCGUACAUAGUUUAUCGAAGUAUUUCGUUCUAUUGAAUUUCAUUAUCAUAGGAAGUACGUCACAAGAAUUAUCCGACCAAUGAAAACCGGUUAGAAUAUAAUGUGCAUAUAAAAAUAAUAAUAAAGUGCAUAUAAAAAUGCACUUAUUCGUUUACGGUAAUGGACAAGUGUGAGAGUGAAUAAUUUGUUUUUUUAUUUUUCUUUUCUUUUUCUUUUUUUUCUUCUUUUUUCUUUUUUCUUCGUAUAAAUUUAAUGUCAAUGUAAAAUUAGGGCGAAUUACGAAUGAUUUUUAGCAAUGAGUUGAACAUAAAUCAUCCUCGAGAUAAAAGCUCGAAUACCUUUGUAAAUAAUUAUAUUGAUUGAAUAAAAAAACAAUGACGCUGAUUCCUCUUACAUAUUGCAUUAAAGAUCUUUUUUUUUGUUUAUUUAUCCCAGACGAUGAGUGUGCUAAACAUUGAAAAGAUAAAAAUUCUUAUAAUUUUAAUCGAUUCAAAGAUCAAAAGUCAUGUUUCAAGAACAUUGAAUGAUUCAUUCGAGCAAUCUUAUACGUGAUUCUCCUAUGUAAAACUUUG